UCCUCUUUCCACGUCCUUCCUCUCCCACCGACGUCGAGCCCUCCUUGCCCUCUCCUCAUCUCCCCAUAAAAGCCAGCACAGUGCACUUUACGAGUUCGUCUCUCUCGUUCACCAUGUUCUUCUCUAAGAUUGCUGCUUCAAUUGCGCUUGCCGCCCCUCUGGUCUCUGCUCUGACCAUUACAACACCGACAAACUGGACGUCAACUGGUCCAGCGGUGAUCACCUGGUCCGCUGUGAACGGCGACCCACAGACGUUCUCCAUUGAGCUUAUCAACAACGUCUUCAACCGACAGUUCGCUCUUGCGAACAACGUUGCCACUGGAGCGAUGACCCUUAGUCUCACCUUGCCCAGUGUGCCCGAAGGCGAUGGUUACAACCUGCAGUUUGUGAACAUUGGUAACCUUACCGAUGUGUUCGCCCAAACUGGAGAUUUCGCAAUUGGUGCUGCGGUAUCUUCUUCGACGACCUCAACAAGUGCGUCUGCGUCUGGAUCUGGUACGACCGUAGCAAAUGCAACUGUGACACCUCAAUCAUCAAGUGGUUUCGGCACAACAGUUUCAAACACUGGUUCAGGUGCAUCUGGGGCCACUGGAUCCGUAACCGGCUCUGGAGCUGUUGGUUCUACAACGCCAUUCAACAACGGCGCCGCUGCGCUUGGCCUGUCCCACAAGGAUCUUGUCAGCUUCGCAGUCAUGGCUGGAGCCGCUCUCGCGGGCGCACGCCUCGUCGGCUUCUAAUUCCCACAGUAAAAUUGGAGAGUUUGGAGAACAGCUUCUAUCAUUCGAUUCUUCGGACUCACUUUUACGCGUUGCUUCCUUUCUGUUCGUUUCACACACCACUCUGUUCAUUCAUGAUAGCAUUCGUAUUGGACUCAUGACCGGACUACUGCAUUCCACGCCUUUGGACGAACUUUUUUCUUUUCUUUUCUUUUUGUUAGUCUCAGACAAUUUGUUAGGCGUCAGUACCGUGUUGCAUGUCCUUGACCUUUUUCAUUUGGUGUGUUUGUCUGUGUUUUUGCUGCUUUGGAUGAUCUCCGCCAGCUAUCCGCUCUUUAAUGCAUUUCUCGUUUAAUCCUGGGCAUAUGAAGCUUCGAACGGUGUGAUGGAGUGUGUGUUUUGAACGAAACGUGUAAGCCAUUUGGCGUUUUUGUUGAUAUCCUGAUGAUGUUCCAAG